AUGUACCCGCCCGACGGGCAGCGCGGGGGCGGCAGCGGGCCCCCACCUCGCCUGCCCCUGCCCCUCCCAUCCCCCUCCGCGCGCCACAGCUUCCCCAAGAGCCUCAGCGACAAGUACAGGCUGGGCGAGGAGCUGGGGCGUGGCGCCUUUGGCCAGGUCUACCUGGGCCUGGAUACCCGUACCGGGCAGCACGUGGCCAUCAAGCAGCUCAGCCUGGACCGCAUACCGGGGGACUCGCUGCAGGGCAUCAUGAAUGAGGUGGAGCUGCUGAGGGCGCUGCGGCACAGAAACAUAGUCACAUACAUAGGAUCCUUCAAGUCCAAGACCCACCUGUACAUCAUCCUGGAGUACAUGGAGAACGGGGCGCUGAGCUCCGUCAUCAAGGCCUCCAAGUUUGGGCCUUUCCCCGAGCCGCUGGUGGCGGUCUACACCCAGCAAGUGCUGCAGGGCCUGGCCUACCUGCACGACCAGGGCGUGGUGCACAGAGACAUCAAGGCAAGCAGCGGGCUGUGCCUGUUGCUUUCUCGUGGCGCCAACAUCCUGACCACCAAGGAUGGCCUGGUCAAGCUGGCGGACUUUGGGGUGGCGGCCAAGCUGGCUGAGCUGGAGGAGGAGGGGCGGUCGGGACGGGAGGCCUCCCCCGUCGGCACGCCCUACUGGAUGGCGCCAGAGGUGGUGGAGCUGAAGAGCGUGACCACCGCCUCCGACAUCUGGUCCGUGGGCUGCCUGGCGGUGGAGCUGCUGACAGGCUCUCCGCCCUACUACGACCUCCAGCCCAUGUCUGCGCUGUACAACAUCGUUCAGGACCCGCACCCGCCGCUGCCCCCCGACAUCUCCACCGGCAUGCGGGACUUCCUGCUGCAGUGCUUCCGCAAGGAGCCGGCGGCGCGCCCCACCGCCCGCGCCCUGCUGCUGCACCCCUGGAUCACCUACAAUCGCCGCACCCUGAAGAGCUCUUGGUCCCGCACGCGCGGAAUCAAGGCGCGGGCGGCGGCGAGCGGCGGCGGCGGCGGCGGCGGCGCGGGGGGCAGCGGCGGGGGGCCGCUGGCGGAGGGCUACACCAACGUCAGUACCGUGGUGGAGCGCAUCCUGCAGAACGGCGCCAGCGACGGGGAGUCCGGUACCGUGGCGCCGCCCUCCACCGCCUCCAGCCUGGCAGGCGGCGGCGGCAGCGGCGGUACCAGCGGCAGCGGCGGCCUGAUGAGCGGCGGGCUGAGCAGCGGGCUGGGGGCUCUGAGCGGGCUGGGCGUGGGCGCGGCGGCGGCGGCGGCCGCUGCAGCGCCAGCAGAUGCAGCGGCGCCGCCAGCGUCGGUACCGGAGGAUUCCCUGGCAGCCUUCGAGCAGCAGCACGCCGCCACCGCUGGCCCGGGGGCCAGCCCCAGCGCCGCCGCCGGCUCCCCAGCCCACCGGAGCAGCUUCAGCGUCCCCGCAGCCCUGGUUGGCGGCAGUAUCGGCAGCGGUACCGGCGGCGGCAGGCUGCCAAGACCACCUGCCUUUGGGUCGGUCGUCAGCGUGGCGUCCUCUGAAGGGCCACGCGGCGGCACCCUGGCAGGGCAGGCGGCGGCGGCGGCAGGAGCGGCGGGCGCCGCCGCUGCCGAGGAGGCCGGUGGCGGCGGGCCGGCAGCAGCAGCGGCGGCAGGAGGAGCGUCAGGAGCGCCGGCGGGGCCCUCCCCAGGGGGCCCGCGCCACCGCCGGCUGUGGAGCGGUGCGGUGGCGGGGCCGCCGCCACGGGGCGGUACCGUGGGCCCCGACUGGGGGCUCCUCCGCCCGCCACCGCAGCAGCAGCAGGCGCCGCAGCAGCCGGCGCUGCCGCAGGGGCAGGGGUGGGGAGACCCCGAGCAGCAGCAGGCGCAGCAGGCACAGCAGCAGGAGCAGCAGCAGCAGCAGCAGCAGCCUGCGCUGCCCUCGGUUGCAGAGGAGGCGGCGGUUGCGGCGGUGGAGGCUUCAGCCCACAGCCGGCAGGAGGCGGCCGAGGCGAGCGGGGCUGCUGCUGUGGUACGGCGCCAGGUGGCGGGCAUGCGCAUCCUGUCCUCCGCCCCGGGCGAGCGCAGCCUGCAGGCGGAGGCGGCGGCGGCGGCCUCCUGCCGCGCCCUGCUGGCGCCGCUGGCACGCGACGGGCAGCUUCGCGGCGCCUUCCUGGCGGCCGACGGCGCCUCGGCGCUGCGGGAGCUGCUGGACAACCCCACCGACAGGGUGCUGGAAGCCGCGCUGGACCUGGUGCUGGCUCUGUGCUCGCACGACGGCGCCGCGCUGCGCACGCUGUGCCACCUGGGCUUCAUCCCCGCGGUACUGCGCUUCGCCCUGCCCUCCAACCCCCCAUACCUGCGCCACCAGGCCGCGGCGUUUGCGGGCCUGCUGUGCCGCUCCUGCCCCGCCAGCGCGGCGCAGCUGGUGGCCUGCCAGGGCGUGCCCUUCCUGCGCGACAUGAUUGACGAGCCGCCUCAGCCCCACCACCCCCCCUCAGCCCCGCAGCAGCUGCAGCAACAGCUGGAGCUGGCGUCCGCCGCCGUCUCCUGCUUCUGGCUGCUGCUGCGCCGCGCCGGCCUGCGCCAGCCCGGCUGGGCGCUCAGCCUGAACCAGCUGCUGCGCUUGCUGGCCCACCACAACCUCCCCCUCCGCCUGGUGCGCCUCCUGCCCCGCCUGCUGCCCGCGGCGGCGGCGGCCGCGGCGGCGGCCACGGCCGUGGAGCGGGCGGCCGAGGCGGCGGCGGCGGCGGCGGCACCCGUGGCGGCGCGCCACGCACGCACCCCGAGCUUCCCGCAGAUGGAGGUUGAGGUGGCGCUGCUGGCUGCCGACGAGCUGGCCAGCGCGGCCGCCAGCCUGGCGCUUUCCUCCCGUACCGGUACCGGCGGUACCGGCAGCGGCCCCGAGGAGGACGGCUACGGCGGCGGCGGCGGCUACAGCAGCCCCGGCAGCGGCACCAGCAGCCCCGGGCGCACGCAGCGCUGGCUGGGGCGCGCGCUGCCCGGCAGCCCCAGCAGGUGUCAGCAGGCACAGCCCCAACUGCAGCAGCAGCAGCAGCAGCAGCAGCAGCAGCAGCAGGCGGGGCAGGUGGCGCACUCGCUGGCGGCGGCCACUGAGGCGGCGGCGGCGGCGGCAGGGGAGGAGGCGGGCGGCGCGGCAGCAGAGGCGGCGGCGGCGGCGGCGAGCCGCCACCUGGCGGUGUCGCUGCUGUGCGGCUUUGCCCACGGCGGCACUCGCAGCAGGGAGGAGCUGUGGGCGGCGGGAGGGCUAGACGCGCUGCUGGCGCUGCUGCGGGAGGAGGCGAGCGGGGCGGGCGGGCGGCCAGCCCACCAGGUGGCUGUGCUGGAUGCGCUGGCGGCCUGGCUGGAGCAGGAGCCGCCUCGUGUGGAGGCGCGUCUUCUGGAGGAGGAGGCGCUGGCGCGGCUGGUCACGUUGCUGCCAGCUGGCGCCGCCAGCUCGCCAGGCGGCGGCGACGAGGCGCUGCAGUCGCUGCUGGCCUCCCUGCUGCGCCUGCUGCAGCGCUCGCCGCGGCUGGCGGUGGCGCUGGCGCAGGGCGGCCUCACCCCGCGCGUCGUGGAGCUGCUGAAGCGGCCGGUGGCGGCGGGGCAGGCGGGGGCCGCCUCGGCGCUGAGUCCGGGUGGCGCCACGUCAGCGCUGUGCCUGCUGGACAUGCUGCGAGCCAUGUACGAGCCGCACCCCCGCCCCAAGGCGAGCCCACCGCCUGAGUUCAUUCUUAAGUCUCGGGUGCAGCCCGUGCUGACGGCGCUGGCGCACGGCCAGUCGGCGGCCGGCCAGGCAUGUGGGAGGGAGGAGGGCACGGAGGCCGGCAGCUGUGCAUGCGUGCUGGUCCGCAGGCAGGCCCAGAACCUGCUGGACGCCUUUCAGAUCAACGUAGUUUUGUGA